CUCAUCGCAAACAAAAAACUUCGAUUGCCCAAUUUCACUUGAAAAUCGACCAUUUUUCGUGGAAAAUCAAUAGAAAAACCUAUUGAAACACGAACAACGCGCUCCGUACUUUGCGAUUUCGCAAAAAAUUGUGUGAAAUUCAGGCGAAAAGUGAACAAAAUUCCAGUUUAAAUUUUUCAUCCCAAUCCUCCAUUAUUAUAAUUUUUUUUCAUCUCUCUCUUCAAUUUCGAACCUGUUUCUCGCAUCGUCGACGUCAUGUCGAAAACAAUUAAAAGACCGAUUUAUGGUCGCAAACCACCAACUUAUAUUUUCAGUAGGAUAGAGGAGAGACGACAGAAAGCAAGACUUAUUCGCCAAGAACGCAGACGAAAACCCGACAAACCCGAUGACUUUGUGACGUACGAAGACAGCGAUAGUGAGGAGGAAACAAAUGCCCAGCAAAAGCAAGUGCUAAAUACGUCCUAUAACUUUGUGGAUUACGUGCGAAGUCGCGAAUCAGACUUGCGAGAAGUGCGUUCGAUCGAUCCUUCAUAUGCAUCGCGACACAUAUUGACGCAUGAUAUGUUCAAGGAGACACCGAUCGCACUCGGAAACAUCAACAAAGUCUUCUGUUCGCAAUGGCUAAGCAAUCGACAAGUAGUUUUCGGCACAAAAUGCAAUAAAUUGAUGGUGUACGACGUGAAUAUGCGACGUGUGGAUGCAAUUCCGACGCUGCACAACAAUCGCGGUACAAAUCCCGACACGCAGAGUGGCAUUCACGCGUGUCAAAUUAACCCGAGUCGAACGCUACUUGCGACAGGAGCUCGUCACUCAGCGGAUAUUGCAAUUUAUAGACUUCCAACGCUCGAUCCCGUUUGCAUUGGCGAGAAUGCGCAUCGCGAUUGGGUUUUUGACAUGUGUUGGCUCGACGAUCAAUUCCUGGUUUCGGGUUCACGUGACACGAAACUCGCAUUGUGGCGUUUUAACGAAGACUUGAUGGAUUUUCCGGAAAAUACGGAAGAAACGUGCCCGACGUAUGCGCAUGUGAAUGCCGUUUGUGUCAAAGAAGUGCGGGCCGCACAAAAAAUUCGCGCAAUUUGCUUCAAUAAGGAAUACAAGGAAAUUGCUCUACUUUCGCUCAAUGGCUACAUGCAUUUAUUCAACGCCGAAACAUUUACACAAAAAAUUUCGCGCAAACUCCCGAAUUGUCAGGAAAAUGUUUGCAUCGCCUGCCAAUCGAAUGGCUUGUAUGCCGUUGGAUGUCGUUCAAAUACGUUGCUACUCGAUCCCCGCACCUUGCAAGCUGUCAAAAAAAUCGCUUCACGUUACAGCGGUUGCGGCAUCCGAUCCGCAAGUUUUCAGGGAAACAUUUUGACUAUUGGCACGGGACUGGGAAUGCUCAUGUUUUAUGACGUGCGAGCGAACAAAUAUCUCGAAUCGAGUAUUUCGGCAAGUAGAACGGUUGUGCUGAAGGCAAGUCGCGGAUAUGUCUUCCCCGAGGAGGAAAUGGAUGGCUUUCAACAGAUUAAAUAUGUGCCGGCGAUCUAUACGCAUUGCUACGAUCAAAGUGGAACGAGACUUUUUACCGCAGGAGGGCCCUUGCCAGCGACGCUGAUCGGCAAUUAUGCCGGGAUUUGGAAUUAAUUUUAUGAAUUGAGUGGCAAUUUUUGCGUUUAAAUGGAUUUUUUAACUUUCUCAUUAAAUUUCAUCAAUCAUUAACGCAUAGAAACAUUCUACGAUAAAUUAUUCUGGGAGAUACAAUCAAGUUGUAACUGAACAAAACCCUCACUUUCGAGACGAUGACGCACUUAGCUUGUAAUCUAAUUUAAAAUAGUAAUAAAUAAAACAAUUUUGUGAUGCGUUAAUGCUAAAUAAUAUUACAAAAAUAAGUUUAAUACAUACAAAUUGUAAUAAUUACAUGCAA